AUGUCACGCGGCCUAGCUCCCCCGAAGACCGGGAUUUAUGUACCAGUGCUAGCCUUCCCGAAGCGGGAGAAGGAUGCCUAUAUAGUCGCACGAUGGGGUGAUACCAUUGAUAUCAGUACCUGGCCCACAGACGUGUCUCCAGUAUUUCCUGACUUUACGGCAUCCUUCAAACGCCGAACCGCCCGCCGUGUCAAAGAUCGAAGAGCUCGAGAGAUCGCCAUGAAAGCUGCUGCGAUGGGUGAGGGACAGGUUGCUGCACAAGCGAACUUAUCACUCCAUGCAACAGCUGGAGAGCGUCUCACGUCGGCAGAAAUCCCGACCGAUGUGUGGGAGAACGUAAUUGACCAUUUGUGGAACGGGAUCGAUAAUUUGAAAGCAUGCACGCUCGUAUGCCAAGCAUGGUACCCUCGGAGUCGAUUUCAUCUAUUGCGACAAGUCAGGCUGUUCAGCGACGUGGACGCGAAAGCAUGCGCCAAGAUGCUCAAGCAGAAGCCCACGCUCGCGGAAGGCGUGCGGGACUUGUUCAUCGUAGGAGGCAAAUCGCUCAACGAGCGACUGCCCAUUCCUCACCUGUCGACGAUGGCGAUGAUGCUCGCGCGCAAGCUGCCGAAGCUGGAGCACCUCGAGAUCUACAAGGCAGACUGGCAGCCGUGGACGAUGCACAAAAACGUUGUCUUGCACCUCUCUUCCUUCUCCUCUGUCACGCACCUCACCCUCAGUGACAUCGCAUUCCCGUCAGUCACCGCCUUUGGACAGCUCGUCUGUGCGUUUUCUUGCCUGCUCCGGCUGAAAUGUGAAACUCUCCAGUUCACACACGGCCGCUUCAAUAACGCGACAUUCAGCGCUUGGGGAGAUCGUGUGAAGACGAGGGAACUACACCUCGAUGGCAGCGAUUCUGCCAAGGACGUGAUUGACUAUUUCAUCUCCACUGGGAUGGGGGCCAACGUACAAAGGUUUUUCAUCUUAGACAACACUCAAUCGUGGCCCGCCACUUAUGAGAAUAUACACCGACUAUCGUUUCAGCGGUUGAUUGAUUGUGCGGCGACGUCUCUUGUGGAGUUUCAAAUAUUCCUUGCCGAAGAAUACACGCCGCAGAGUACGGCGGAGCGCGCUAAUGGCACGCUAUCCUGCGCCAACAACACUGCACUCAAGAAGCUGUUGUGCGCUAUGCCAAUCCCCACACCUUACGAGCUCAAAUGGAUAUGUGAUUUCCUCUCUACCAUGCACGCGGCGGAACUCCAGCAGCUGUCUUUGGUGGUCGACAUCCGUGGCAGCGAAGCGUACUUCAGCGUGCAAGACAUGUUGAGCGCAUGCGGACCUGCCGAAUUCUCGCAAAUCGACGCUGUGCUCUCAUCCCAUCGGUUCAAGAGCCUCCGUCAAGUAGAGUUUCAGUUGUGGGCCACCAGGUGGGCAGAGAGCAUCCCAGAUGCCAAGCAGUGGGAGCUGCGACUGGCGGUAUGCUUUCCGCAGCUCAUCAAACGAGGGUUUCUGCGGUGA